UUUGAAACCGGCUGAGGUCAGGCUGCUGUUGCUCGGAGCUGAAUCCGCUGUCACCAAAUUUCUACUCAGUUUUUCCAGACCUGUUUGUUUAAUGGCACUCCAACUGAAAGACAAAGACGCUUAUCAAAGACUGAACUAUCUUUACCAGGCUGCACACUGUGUUUUAGCCCAAAACCCCGAAAAUGUGGAGCUGGCUCGUUUCUACUGCUUCACACAGAGGACCAUUGCAAGACGUUUAGUUCUCAGACAAGAUCCAUCGGUGAAGAGAACAAUUUGCAAGAAGUGCUGCUCGUUGCUCAUCCCAGGUGUGACUGCGACAACAAGACAACGCAGGAAAAAAGGCAAGACCCGCUUCACCGUUGUGAGGUGUCUCAGCUGCGGACAGAGCAAGACGUUACUGAAUAAUCCAGAUCAUUGUUUAUGGGUUGACCGUCCCGAGGCUCAGCUGGAGCAACAGAAGCAACCAGAUCCAGGCCCUUCCAAUAAAAAACAGCCAAAAGACAAAAAGCCUGAUGGGUCAGUGUCCUCUAAACCCAGUGCUGCCCAGAGUGUUGCCAGCACAGACCAAUAGUUCUCUACUUCUGACAAAUAUGAAGGACUGAUAUUUAUUUUAUUUUAUUAAAGAGAUGUGUAACUUUAUUAUGUUACAUCUAUCCAUUCGUUGUUUUAUUUAGUGAUUUUUUUGACCUCUGUGAGAUCAUUUUCGGAAGCUUUCUGCAGUGUGUACAUGUGUUUGUUGCAGUGAGAUUUUUGAUGCUACCAACAGAUGGCCACCAUGUGGUGUCCUACACACGUGUUUUUGUUUUUCUUCUCCCAAAAAAGUAAAACUUAGUUAAUGGUAAUGAUUUUACUGACAAGGAUGAAAAAAAUGGAUACAGCAUUAUAAUCAUUUAUUAUUUUAAUAUUUUACAUUUUCUGUACAAAAUCUCCUCACCGUUAGCCAGGUACUUUCCUCAAAGGUUGAUUUAAAACAAAUAAAAAUAUGCAGUUUCAUUCA